GCCUGCGCAGUGCGCAGCUCCACCGCCUGGUUUGUGUGGCUCCACUGUUGUUGAAGGAGAGGAGGGAGCAAAACUAAGGAUUUCAGUACCUGUUUUUUUUAAAUAAAACGCGAGUCGUUUCCGCUGGUUAGUGAGACUCUGGAAGAAGAGGAGGAGAGCGACAGGAGUGAAGGGCAAAAAGAAGAAAAGAAAAAGGAGGAAAAGGACUGGGAGGAGAAAAUUUGAGACAGUGGAAAAUGCUGCGGAUUUGACGAAAAGAUGUCUGGCGUCACCAUGGAAGCGAACUACAUCCUCCCCAUCCUUAAAAAGAAGCUGGCCUUCCUCUCAGGAGGCAAGGACCGGCGCAGUGGUCUGAUCCUGACCAUCCCCCUCAACUCGGACCAGACCAGCAUGGAGGAACUUGGCGCCACUCUGGACUACUUGCUCAGCAUCCCCAGUGACAAGUGUAAGGCUCGGGGUUUCACUGUGAUCGUGGACGGCCGGCGGUCUCAGUGGAACAUCGUGAAGACGGUGGUCCUCAUGCUGCAGAACGUCAUCCCAGCGGAGGUGUCGCUGGUCUGUGUGGUGAAGCCUGAUGAAUUCUGGGAUAAGAAGGUCACCCACUUCUGUUUCUGGAAGGAGAAAGAUCGCCUGGGCUUUGAGGUGAUCCUGGUUUCGGCCAAUAAGCUCACUCGCUACAUCGAACCGUGCCAGCUGACGGAUGAUUUCGGAGGAAGUCUGGACUACGACCACAGCGACUGGCUCAACAAGAGACUGGUUUUUGAGAAGUUCACAAAGGAGUCGACGUCUCUUCUGGACGAGCUAACGAUCAUCAACGACAGUGACAAGAGCGCCUCAGUGGACAAAGACAAGUCUACUGAUGGAGCUCUCUUGCCAUCUUUUGAUCCUGAAACUGUCCUCCAGACUGGUCACGAGCUGCUGUCAGAGCUGCAGCAGCGCCGCUUCAACGGCUCAGAGGGAGGAGGUGGAGGGCAGGCAGCUCCAGCUUGGUGCCCCAUGGAGGAGGAGCUGCUGGCUCAGCCUCAGGUGACGAAGCUGCUGGACUCGCUCAGGGAGCAGUACACCAAAUACCAGGAGCUGUGCAGGCAGCGGAACAAGAGAGCGCAGCUGGACGAGAUCCACACCAAGGUCAUGCAGGUGGUGAACUGGCUGCAGGGUCCUGGUUCAGAGCUGCUGAAGACUCAGCAAACGAUCGGCGACUCGAUGCGAACGGCGCAGGCUCUGCAGCAGAAACACGAAGAGAUCGAGAGUCAGCACAGCGAGUGGUUCGCCGUGUACGUGGAGCUGAACCAACAGAUCGCAGCCCUGCUCAGCGCCGGGGAAGAAGAGGAAGUGGCGGAGCUGAAGGCGCUGCAGCAGCAGCUGAGCGACGUCUGCUACAGCCAGGCGUCCCAGCUGGAGACGCGUCAGAACGUCCUGCAGGCGGCGCACGCCUUCCACGGCACCACGCAGGAGUUGUCCCAGCAGCUGGACGGCCUUCUGGGCAUGCUCUGUGCCGACGUGUCCCCCGCCGACGGGGCGUCCAUUCAGCAAAACCUCAAACUGCUGGAGGAGAAACUGCAGACUGUUGAAGCAGGCCUGUCCUCGCUCCGUCAGAAGGGGACGCUGGUGCUGGAGCAGAUGUGCGGCCAGGCGUCGUGGUCUCUGGAGGAGGCGGAGAGCCCGCCUGGAGAGCAGCAGGACAACGUUCAGCACGUUCAGGCUGUGAUGGAGGAGAUGGAGCUGCGCAAGCAGAGGUGUGAGGACAUGGUGGAUGUGAGGAGGCUGAAGAUGCUGCAGAUGGUCCAGCUGUUUAAAUGUGAAGAAGAUGCUCUGCAGGCGGUCGAGUGGCUCAGUGAGCUGUUGGACGCCUUGUUGAAGACGCACGUCAGACUGGGAGACGACUCCCAGGAGACACGGACCAUGCUGGACAAACACAAGAAGUUUGUGGAUGUAGCUCAGAGCACAUACGAUUACGGCCGCCAGCUUCUGCAGGCGACCGUCGUUCUCUGUCAGUCGCUACGCUGCACGACGCGCUCGUCCGGCGACACUCUGCCGCGACUCAACCGGGUGUGGAAGCAGUUCACCGUCAGCGCCGACGAGAGGCAGCAGCGUCUGGAGCUGGCCCUGAACUUCCACACCGCCGCUGAGAGAGUGCUGCAGCAGGAGCAUGUGGAGGUGGCGUCUCUGGAUGAAGUCGACUCUACAGGGAGAACUCUGCUGGACAGACUCACUUUGCCCGUCAUCUUCCCUGAUGGGAGCGAGCAGUUCUUCGGGAGUCCCGGUGACACGGCAGCCACGGCAGAGGGGGUUCGAGAGCGCCUCCUGCUGAUCGAAGAGCGGCGGCUGCAGCUGCAGGAAGCCAGGCUUCUCAACAACGAGGAGGGAGAGGAGGAGGAAGCGGUCAACGGUCUGGAGGGGAGGCUGGAUGUGAUCGGGGAGGAACUGAGCGAGAAAGAGGAGCAGGACGAGGAGGAGAAGGAGGCGGAGCAUCAGGACGAAGACUCGGAGCGAGCCAAGCAGGACCGCUAGCGGACGCCCGGCGUCCAACCGAGCAGCCUUAAUGAAGCUCGUUGGUGAGGGGCUGCUGACGUCUGGAGCGGUUCUCUCCCGAGGCACGAAGCGUCUCCGUAUUCCCGCUGCAAAAGAAUCAGCAUUUUUCUGACCGUUUCUGCAAAUUUAAACAGCACCUCUCCUCAGCAUCACUGCGUAAACCUCUCGUGGAAGCGGAGAAACAUGAAGGGUCGUACUCCUCGGUCACUCUUUGGGACAGAAACUGUGAGGACUUGUGCCGUUUCUCUGAUAUCGAUGGUUGUAAACAGUAAAAAGAGUAAAAUCUGGAAUAAUUACAGCUCAUCUUUCUGCUCUGUGGAGGAGAAUCAUUGUUUAAGGUCCUAACACCGCUGCUGCCGCCUCCUCAUUUACAACUGGAGCAAAUCUUCCAUGGUGCUUACCCCGGCUUCUUGUUGCUCUUCGGGUCUUUCUAAGAAGCCAACCUGGUUGGAGUUCUUUAGGCUGAACAUCUUUCUACUUUCAGGACUCUUUUAUAGCAGCUAUGUUAGAUAAUUGGAUGGCAAGUCUCAAAGAAUUUCAAG